AUGAAUAUUACGAGCGAACAACCCAAGUUGUCAGUAACCAGUUGAAAAGGUGGUUAGAAAAUACAACUACCAUUGAUGAAGAAAUCAAUGUAUGGUACAACUGGAUUAACAUUUGGAGCCAGUUUACAUUGGAAAGUUUUCUCGAAAGCAAUAUAGAUGUAAUUAAAGCAAAGGUCCCCGAAGACAGUCGACGAGAUUUAGAUGUGGAAACCCUGGCUAAACUUUUGCCCUGGUCCAACGACGCAGUUCGAGGUUACAUUGUAUUUACCUAUAAUCCAUUCCUUGAAAUGUCUUUGGUGGAACUUCUUCGUGAUGAGCUUGGAAAGUGGUGGUCGCGGAAUAUGAAUACUUUGGUAGGUGGUAUGCACAGCUUAGCAGAUGGUUUUUUUAGUCGUGAUGUGUUGAAAGAAACAGACGACCUAGAAACGAACGCACAAGUGUUCAAAGUUUCCUACUUUUCCUUCUCUUCGUCGCCCAACAGAGACUGGGUUGAGGUAUCAUGCUACGAGACUAAAGAACACCCAAAGCGUACAUACACAGCACAG